GGAGGCUUGCAGGGGGUGGCUUGCAGCUUCGUUCGGCCCUCCGAGGUCCUUCUGCACAGGUUCCCUUAGUUAGCUUUGCCAGCUCGACACCUCUGCUAUAUCUAAACCAUUUAGCCGCCACUGCUGUGCCUUUCUAGCAGAGUUUAUAAAGUAAAGCACAGCUUUAAUGUGCCAUUGCAUAUAGAUGAGCUGUCAACCAGUUUGAGCUAACACGGUGACAUAAAUACCAAAGGGGACCUUGAGCUCUCUUCCAUCCGAUGCAGGACCAAAGCACGGAAGAAACCUACAGCUCCAGGGAUAUUGCGAGUUACUCAUUGUGCAAGAAGCAGGGCAGCCUUUUCUCUCUUCUGUGGCCAUUCUUACUGCUUAGCAAACAAGCACAGGGCCACCUCUCUCUGGCAGCCCUGACAUGCUUGUAGAUCUUGUGAUCUAAGCAGCAGGUGGAGUGGGGAAGAUGUAACAGUUAAGCUGCUGCAACAAGCAAAUUCCUAGGCUUCCCUGGACAGCGAGCCAAGAGAAAACGUGCCGUACCUUCCGAGGGUCUCACAGCCGCCUAGCAUUUACUCCCUGGCAACGGCAACUGGUGGACAAUGCGCAGCCUGCUCUGCUUCUGAAUUUCACGAGCAUUUUUUAAUAAAAAGGAUUUUGGAAGGAAUUAGGACACGGGUAUUUGGCAUAGUUUCUCCAGAGCAUGUUCAGCAAAGGAAAAUAAUAGACAGAAGGGGGUGGAAAAAAAAGAAAUGUUUUUGGAAAGAUAAGACCAAGGCUGUAAAGAAUAAUCCCUUAACUCUGUAUUCCCCUUAUUCUCCCUAAGCUUCCUAGAACUUCAUUGGAGCCCCUCACAACCGUGUGUUUUGCCAAGAACCUCAGGUUCAGUGAGUUUUGUUGAUCUCUCCCCACAGUGGCUAGAUUUUGCCACCCUUUCUCACAUGGAAUAGUACAUUUCUCUGGAUGAAGUUGAAACCAUGGGGUAAGGUACUAUCCAAUGCAAGACUGGGUGGUAGGACCCAUCCAAAGGGGUUUAAAGGGCUACAUGUUUUCCUGCUAAGAUCUGAACCAAACUUACCAACCCCCAAAUCUUUUCCCUUGUCUUCACUCAUGAUUCUGCUAAAUUGCUGCACGUGGGUCAGAUUAAAACUGUUUCCUUGGAUUAGCAUGCUCUGCACACAAUGCUGUACAAAGGAUUUACCAGAAAACACCCAAAUCAACAACAACAACAACAAUUAACAAACAAACAAACAAGGGGAGGAACAUUCAGUUACAUUUCUGGGUGCACUGAAGAACUCCAGCUGACUACUUUGUCGAUAGAGGGAAUGUUCAAAUACUUCCGGAAGCGCUUUGCCAGCCAUCUGACGGAACGCUGUCGCCGAAGAGCAAGGCUGGUAUCUAAAGAUGGAAGGUGUAACAUAGAGUUUGGGAACGUGGAAGAACAGUCACGGUUUGUCUUCUUGAUUGAUAUAUGGACCACCAUCCUGGACCUAAGAUGGAGAUACAAGAUGACCAUCUUCAUCUCAGCAUUCUUAGGCAGUUGGUUCCUAUUUGGUCUCCUUUGGUACGUUGUGGCAUAUAUACAUAAAGAUCUUCCUGAAUUCAGUCCUUCCAUAAACCACACCCCAUGUGUGGAGAACAUAAACGGCUUGACCUCUGCUUUCCUGUUCUCCCUGGAAACCCAGGUUACCAUUGGCUAUGGCUUCAGGUAUGUCACAGAGCAGUGUGCUACUGCCAUUUUCCUGCUGAUCUUCCAGUCUAUCCUUGGGGUCAUCAUCAACUCUUUCAUGUGUGGCGCUAUCUUGGCUAAGAUUUCUAGGUCCAAGAAACGGGCCAAGACCAUCACCUUCAGCAAGAAUGCGGUCAUUAGCAAACGAGGCGGCAAGCUGUGCCUCCUUAUCCGGGUGGCCAACCUUAGGAAGAGUCUACUGAUUGGGAGCCACAUCUAUGGGAAGCUUCUGAAGACCACCAUCACUCCAGAAGGAGAGACUAUCAUCUUGGACCAGGUCAACAUAGACUUUGUGGUGGAUGCUGGCAAUGAGAACCUCUUCUUCAUCUCCCCCUUGACUAUUUACCACAUCAUUGAUAAGACCAGCCCGUUCUUCCACAUGUCAGUGGAAACCAUCCUCCAGCAGGAUUUUGAGCUAGUGGUAUUUUUAGAUGGUACAGUGGAAGCCACUAGUGCUACCUGUCAGGUCAGGACAUCCUAUAUCCCAGAGGAGGUACUCUGGGGCUACCGUUUUGCUCCCAUCGUGUCCAAGACCAAGGAAGGGAAGUAUAGAGUAGACUUCCACAACUUCAGCAAGACCGUGGAAGUAGAGACUCCUCACUGUGCCUUUUGCCUCUACAAUGAGAAGGAUGCUAAAGCGAAGGCAAAGAGAGGUUACGACAACCCUGGCUUCAUUCUAUCAGAAGUCAGUGAAACCAGCGACACAAAAAUGUAGCUCUGUAUGCACAUGGGACUGGGGCAUUUUUCAUCGUAACACAAACUCAAUACGGAGGUGCCCAAUAACCUAGUAGCACAGAAGAAAAAUGAACAGGGCUGUUUUGACAUGAAAAUAGCUCCUGAUUUCUCAAAAGAAUUAAAUCAAAGCAGACCACCACACCAGUGAUCUUCGAGAGGCUAUUUAACUGCAUUAUAUAUAUAUAUAUAUAUAUAUAUAAAUAUAUUUUCAUAGAAUAUAUAUUUUUUAUACCUACGGGAUGUUCAUUUAAGCUGCUAAAUUGGAAUGUCCAACUCACUCAAUUAAGUUCCCAAAGGCAUUUGAGCCAUAAGCAAGUCUGACAACAUGCCUUAAAAGAAGAGACACAGGGAGGGCUUCAGAUGUGCUGAAGAGGAGCGGGUUCUUGGGAUGAAAUGUGAAAAGAAGAGAUAGGUAAAAAAUCGUCAAAAGUGCCUAAACGUACAUCUACAAUCCUACGUGGCUCCCUAGUUACGUACUAGGGCAGUUGGGAUUAUUUGAGCAGAACUAAUGCAUGUACAUCUACCCAAGCUGGUAAUUACACCUCCCAGCUACUGUGUAGACAUAUCCUAAGUGGCAUAGGAGCCUAAACCCCAUUUUCAUAAUUGAAAUCAAUGAGAGUUAGGUGCCUAAAUACUUUUGAGGAACUGGGCCAUAGAGCCUAUGUCCCACUGAUUUUCUCCUAGUAGCCUAAGUCACUUUUGAAAAUGGGACAUAGGUUCCUUAGAAAAUUUGACCCCAGGAUCUCUUCUAUCUUUCUCUGUUUGACUCUUCUUAAUCUAUUGUAGUGAAGCCUUAGUACGUUCUAGUUUCUUGGAAAGCUAGAAGCAAAGGAAAAGUUUGGGUCAUGAUGAUGUAUUUAGAGCUGGCGAGAAAAUUGAAUUUCCUUCCCAUGAAAUAUUCUGAUUUUGUGGAAGAAUAUUUUUUGUUCCAAAUCAGAACAAAAUGUCAAAAAUUUAAAUUUUUUUGCAGGAGGAAAAAGUCUGAAAAAUUCCAUUUUAGGAGAACCAAACCAGAAUUGUUUGCCUUGCUCCCAGCUGACUGACUCACUCUCAUAGGACUUCCCAGAAAGCUGACUGUGUGGCAGGUCAGGUGGCCCCAUGAGGCAGUUGUCCAGGCAAUCUGGGAGCUGGGGAAAGACAGGGAUGGCAGUAAAAAUGGUUUGAUGGAAUUGAAAUAUUCAUGGAGAACGUGUUGAUUCCUUGGAAUCUGCUUUUUCUGAUGAAAAAUUGUUCCAUUGUACAUUUUUUUGAUCAGCUUUAGAUGUAUCCUUUUAAGAAAAAAGAUACUUUAUAUGCAAAACAAAAAUAAAAUAUAUUAUUCUCUGAAGCAUGAUAGGUCUUUGCCUACAACACUAGCAAUGAGGAUGCAGAGACACUCAAAAUUGAAUUUUCUAAAGGCUGAAACCAACUGAAUAAUAAAUAAAUAAGUCAACUGAAAGAUUCCCAUUGACUUCAAUGAGCUUUGGAUUAAGCCAUAAAUCAUACAUCCCAUUUAUGCAAGCAAAACAUUCACAGGCAUGAGACACUGAGCUUUCAAUCAGUAACAAUCAGGUAUGCAAAGUAUAUUGAGCAUAGCUGGUCAACAUUUUUCUAAUUUUGAUUUUUCAGUGAAGUUUGAAACACCAGUGAGAAGUUUCAGCCAACAUUUUGUGAAUUUUUCACCAUGCCCUCCUUGUUUUUUCAACUGAGUUCUACUGUUGAGUGUCCAAAUGAUGGACCAAAGAGGCGUGGGUGAUCCUGGGGCUUUUCCCCAUCAGUUUAAUCAACACAAGUCCAUGUUGAACAUGGUUACGAUGCAAAUGACAUGCUAAAUGCUGUUUGCAGUGUCGAUGUAGCCGCAUUGGUCCCAAGAUAUUAGAGAGACAAGGUGGGUGAGUUAAUAUUUUUUACUGUACCAACUUCUUGUCUCUUUCACCAACAGAAGUUGGUCCAAUGAAAGAUAUUACUUCAUCCCCUUCUAAAUGCUAACAGAUCUGAACAGUUUGAACGGAAAAGGAGAAUUAAGCAGGCAAAAUUACAAGAAUCAUACUGAGAGUUAUUUUGAGAAUGAGUGGGAUGGAGCGUAGUGUAGAGAUCUGGGCAUAGGACAGGGAGCCAGGAACUCUCAUGUCCCAAUCUCAUUUCUCAUAGCAACUCUUUCUUUGGCUUUGGGCAAAUCACUUUAACACAUACUUCGGGGUCUCCACCUGUAAUAUGGGAUGACAGUACUCACCUACCUCCCAGGGGUGUUGUGAGGAACAAUUAGUUAAUGCCUGUAAAGCAUUUGAAGAUUAGUCAGCCCUAAGUAUGAAGAGUGACCAACCCUUCAUUGUAUAUUGUCUCCACUCUUUCACCCACCCACCCACUAAUUCUUUUCUUGUGGGCAGAAGGGUUAGCAUUGCUACUCAGUGCAGGUGGAUACAAAGAGAUGUUUGUUUUAAUGUUGUGCGUCCAGAUGCAACAGUGAUGAGCACACUGUAAGUUAUUAAAAUAAAUGUCAUAGAAG